AUGGAUCAUAUUAUAUAUACUACAUUAAAUGCUUUUAGAGAAUCGUGGUUAGAUGUAGAUACGUCUGUGUGGGAUAUCUUAGCUGGAAGAAUUCGUGAAUUGCUUUUAUGCCCAAAAUGUCACGAACCUAUUUUCACAAAUUCACAACAAAAAAAUAUUACCAUUCUUAUAGAUAGACCCUCACAGGAUACUAAACCCUUGAAUCAUAAUGCUGAUAUAGUUGAAGUUCCUAUUAUAAAAGAACAAGAAGUCUUAGAACCUAUUUCUUAUCUGGAAAAUAGUACUUUGCAUAAUAAUUCACGAAAUGGCAUUGAAACUAGCUCUGCUGAGAAUGAUUUAAUAUCUGACUUUGAAAUUAAACAGCAAACUCAAGACAUUACUAAUUUGCAGGAUAUUUCGCAUCCUAUCCUUAAUAAUCCUGUCUUAUCAGAACAAAAUGCUAAAAUAAAAGUACCUGAAAUAGAUAUACAGCCUUUGAUACAAGAAUUGCUUAUAAAACCUUCAGAAGAAGAUUGUGUUAAGGUUGUUAAUGGAGAGGAGAAUACAUCUGUUGAUCAAUCGCCUGCAAUCAAAUUAGCCUAUUUAUAUAAAAAAAUGAAAUUUGCUGAAAUUAGAACUAUACGAGCCAAACAAGAUAAAAUCAUGAGCUGUGAGAUUUUACCUGAAAUCCUAAAGAAUAGACUUAUUACGAAUAAAAAAGCUUAUGAACUUGCGACUGAAGUACCAGCAUUCUCUCAACUAAAUAAGACGGUCAUCCUAUAUGAUGCUUGUACUUUCUAUAUCAAUGUGACUCUGAAAGAAUAUCCAUACCUAUCCCUAUUUAAUAGUGACAUACAUAAUAAUGGAUAUGAGUUUAAAAAUUCAGGAUCAUGUCUUGGAUGUAAAAAAGAACAUAAUAAAGGAAAG